AUGCAGGGGGAGCACAUCCUGGAAGAGUGGAUGGAUCUGGCCGAAGAGAUGUCGCAUGUUGAUGGCGCCGUGGUCGUCCGGCGGCCGGAGCUCAUUGACGUGGAAUCCUCCCCGACCCGCCUGCUGUCGCCGGCGAACAGCUUGGACUACGUCAAGACGCUUCAGUCGUACUUCUCAAUCUUCAAGGACUCUCUAUUCUCAAGGAUGAUGCUCGUGAAGCACCCAGGCCUGUACGAGCUGCCGAUUUCGCAGAAGUUUCUCGAUGCCGUCGAGGAGGGUGACGAUAUGGCGGCAAUGUACCUGAGUACCAAUUACGCCACUGAAGUCACGGAGGUCAAGGAGGCGAGCGAUGGAUAUGAGAGCGUGCCUGCGGUCGUGAGCAUGUCUGACGUGUACAUCGAAGAACACGGCUUCUUCUGGAAUGACCAGGACUUGGUCGCACCCAACUCCUGCAGGUCGUCGGUCAACGCGAGGGACGUCAAUACUCAUGAGACGAGGCUCAGGCCUGGAGAGGCGCGCCACGGCAAGGUGGUUGUGCUGACACAGGAGUACGGGCUAGCGUACUACCAUCUCCUGGUGGAGAAUCUGUCGCGAAUCACCAUCGUUCUGGACAUGCUCCUGGAAAAUCCCGAUAUCAAGGUGGCGGUUCAUUCGAUAUCCGAAAGCCACAGGGAGUACAUAUACGGGCUCUUCGAACUCCUCGGUAUCUCGCAAGACCGCGUACUGUUUAUCCACAAGAUUCAUGCGGACCUAGCGCUCGUGCCGCCUGCGACGGUGUGUGGCAAGCCCAACGCCGUACUGGUGACUCUGCUGAGACACGCCCUUCUGCAGGGGAUGUACCCGGACACAGGUGGCGUGCCGCCUACUCCUCCGAAGCCGAUCAUGGUGCUAAUUGUGCGAAAGAACAAACGGGGCCUUGGAAACAACACCGAGGUUCGAGAUGCCCUUAUCCAGAACUUCCCAGACCACGACGUGGUCGAGUUCUUCGGCACUGACCCAAUCCGAGAGCAGCUCGACCUUUUCGCCACAGCUUCCGUCAUAGUCGCCCCCCACGGCGCCGGGCUUGCUAACAUCGUGGUGUCGCCGCUCCACACCAUGAUCCUCGAGAUCGGUCCCAUCGAGUGCCCGACGUGCUACGUUAACAUGGCCAUCAAGCUCCAGCACAUCUACGCCAGGCACGCCGGGAGCGACCGCUGGGACGACGAUUGCAGUUCUUGGUAUGAGCCAAACGUCGACGAAAUCGUCAAUCUAGUGAGGGACCUCUUCGUGGCGAAACGCAUGGCCGAUGAGGCGGAAGGCCGCGACUAAGAGGUGUGCUGGACGCAAUCGUGCCGACGGAAGCCUACGUACGUGGUGCUAGAUGUUAUUCCGUGGAGUGGUAAAAGUACCAGAUGGUGCAGUUUGUUUUAGUCGUUGUUCCUCGGAAGCGUACAAGUCGGGUUGUGGUUUAGAAGCAGGCGGAACUUCGAGGUGUAUCCUGCGUGAUGUAGGCGAAGGCCUUGUGUCGUUCGAUUUUUUUUUGCUCUUGUGUAUUUGGCUCAGGUGGGUGUUUCGUCGUUAUAUUUUUGAUGUCAAGGGUAAGAAAGCAAGUAGUUGGAUUUGUCAAAAACUCCUCGUUCGUUGUGACAUCUACUAUAGCAGGACAAAUUUUGUCUCAACCCCAUUGACGAUCCCUCCAAACAGUUUCUCAGUCGCAGAAACUAAUUCGUUUACGCUCCCUUGCAGAGCGUUUUUGUUCAGUGAUGCUAGCAUGAAUGAAUCAGCCCGAGCAUGCUUUAGCGAAAUUCCUUGUAUAUGAUGGCAUAUGAAAAAUAUUUUGUGCAUUGGAGGUUUUUUAACUUUGUCCGAAAGCUGUUCGGGGAGCUGCAGCUUUUCAAGCUGAAGUAUCUUGCCUCGACACCAGCUUUUUUCUUUUUUUGAAUGGCAACCGCAGCCAUCCCCCCGUAGUUACAAUUGUGUGGACGAAAGUUCGCGUACUGACCACUUUAGGGUGCCAGUUCUAUUCCAAAGAUACUUUUCCAAGGGUAUGUUGCCGCCGGUUCCUCUUCAGCAGGACUACUUGCUGAUAUUUCGUUUUCUUUUUUGCCGCCGUCUCGCCGUUCUUGUGGGCGUCGUGUUGGUGUUGUUGUUCUGUGCGGUCGGGGUCUUUGUUGUCUGGAUUUUUUUUUCCAAGUAUUUUUCAGUAUUUUGUCCAAGGGUGCUUACUGUACAUGUUUGGGGUUUCCUGGAGGACGGCGAGAAAGUGAAACGGUUUCUUUCACUGUUCGCUUCACUCGCCUGUCGUCCCCGUAUCGCCGACAGCAUCGGCCCGAUCAUAAGAAACCAUAACAUUAGAAAAUUUGGCUCAGCCUGACCUCCUCGUGUGGGAUGAAGGUCGAGCAUCGGUGGUGUUGUAGGAGCCAAUUAUGACCUGGUCCGCGAGCUGCCCGUCCGCUAGUACUUGCGCAACGUUCUACAUAUCGUUCCCUGCCUUCUCAUCUGUGGUCGGGAUUGUUACUUCAAUCGAAACCUUGCAUGCCUGUGUGUCAAGUUCGCUGGCACUGCCUUCUUCUGAGACUUGAACAGCUAGGAGUGGUCCCGGGGAUGCUGAUUCAUGUAUUUGUUCUUGACGUCGUAUUGUCGGCAUUAACUUGUUCGUCAAGCUGAUCUGACUGGGCUGGAUCUGACAAACAACGAGACGAAUUCCACAGCCCCAAAAAUACUAGCUCUGUUGUGUUUGGUUCUCAACCAGGGCGAAAAUAGGUGCUGUAUUGUGAACUGGGACAAGAGGGCCAAAAGCACUUCCUCCCUGCUUUGGGGGACUCCUCUUCCCGAUAGAUUUGUUGCCUCUGUGUGUGUUUUCGCCGCAGCUAGCUGUGCUGACGAAGCCAGUCUAAUAAUUUUAAUUUUGAUUUUUUC